AUGGCAGGAGGAGCAAAAUCAAAGAAACCAAAGUUAUCAAAGAAGAUAUCUAAAAAGUAUACAACUCACAAGCAUUACUAUCUCGAUACGGCAGAGAAUGCAAAGGAUCUAAGUAUCCGUAGCAGAGGACAAAAGAGAGAUGAAAAGUUUCAAGCAAUGUCUGACAAGUACAAUGCCUCUCAAAAGAGAAGAGAAGAGUAUCUACAGGAACAACAGAGAAAGGAUAUCCUCGAUAAACUUCAAAAAGAGUUAAAGACUGGCAGUGCUAGCAAGCACAAACUAUUAGACCCAACAGUCCUCAAACAAAAGAAUGACGACGAAAACAUGGAAAACAUCUAUGAAGUUGGUCCUUCAUCUUAUCAACUUUUAAUGUCAUCAUUCAAACCAAAAAAGAUUGAUUCCUCUACAACUACUACAAGUACAAGUUCAUCAGCUGUUGUUGGAAAGAGAAAACCACAAACUCAACAAGUAUCAGAUAGUGAAGAUGAUGACGAAGAAGACGAGGAAGAUGAACAAGAAGGACAAGAUGAUGAUCAAGAAGAAAGUGGAGAAGAAAAUGAUAUUCAACUUAGUGAAGGUGAAGAUGAGGAUGAAGAGGUAGAAGGAGAAGAGGUUGAUGAAGAUGACCAAGAAGAUGAUGGUGAUCAAGAUUUGGAUGAUGAACAAGAUGAAGAAGAUGGAGAAGACGACGAUGAUGAAGAAGAAGAAGAAGAAGAACAAACAUUUGAAGAUGUUUAUGGAUCAGGAAAAAGACAAGCAGAAGAGGAUGAUACUGAAACUAGAGCAACUCUCAAUGAAAUGCAAAAGAAAGGAAAGUUCCAAGUCAACAAAAGAACAGACAACUAUUACAUGCAUUUCAACAGAGAUGGAAUCGAGGAAUGGAGUCAAUUGGAUGAUUUGGUGGAAAAAGGAAAAUCCCUAGAAGGAACAUCCUCUGAAAUGGAUACACUUGGACAUUUAAUCUCUUCUGGAUGUCCAUCAUACACUACUCUAAAGACCAAACAAAAGGUUUCAUCACUUCCAACUGAAAAGAACUCAUUUGAAGAGUACAACAUCAAAAAUAGAUUACUUAAACCAUGGUCAAUUACAAAGAAAUCAAAAGAUAAUGAUUUAUACUUUACAAUGCUUCAACAAAAAUUAUUCCCAAUCAUGAAUGAAUAUCGUGAUUUAUUAUACACUGAAUCUACACCAAAGAACCAUAGAUCAAUCUAUCAAUUAUAUACACUUCAUGCAGUUAACCAUAUUUUGAAAUCAAGAGAUCAAUUAAUGGAAGAUAAUGUAAUCACUAGAGAAGCAGAGGAAAAGAGUCAAGUUGCUCCUGAUCUUAGACAUCAAGGUUUUACUAAACCAAAGGUUUUAAUUAUUGUACCAUUUAGAAAUACAGCAAUGGAUAUUAUUAAAUUAUUAUUGAAAAUGGUUCCACAUCAACAACAAGACGCAAAUACAAAGAAAUCAAAAUUGAUUCACGAUUUUACUCUUUUAGAUGAAGAGGAUAAGGUUAAUGGAGCUAAACCUGCCGAUUACAAGUAUACAUUUAGAGAUAAUAUUGAUGAUUGUUUUAGAAUUGGAAUUUCAUUCAAGAGAAAAGGUGUUCAAUUAUUCCAACCAUUUUUCCAUUCUGAUAUUAUCAUUGCCUCACCACUUGGUUUGAGACUUGUAGUUGGUACCGAUGGAGACAAGCAACGUGAUUAUGACUUUUUGUCAAGCAUUGAAGUUGUCAUUGCCGAUCAACUCGACACUAUUCUCCAACAAAAUUGGGAUCAUAUGAAUAUUAUUUUCGAUAAUUUGAAUCGUACACCCAAGAAGGAUCAUGGCACUGAUUUCUCACGUGUCAGAUUACCAACUUUGGAAGGUUGGGGUAAAUACUUUAGACAAACUUUAUUAUUUGGUUCAAUUCUUACUCCAGAAAUCAAUGCCCUAUUUAAUAGACAAUGUUUUAAUGUAUCUGGUAAAAUGAGAAUCAAGAAAAUUAAGGAUGGUGAAAUUCAAAAUGUUAUUCCUGAAUUGAUGCAAACUUUCCAUAGAGUUCAUAUUGCCAAGGAAUUAAAUGGUGAUGAUUCAACUGCCAAACUUCAAUUCCUUACUGCUUCUUUAUUACCAAAAUAUGCAGAGAGCGAUAAAUCUGCUGGUGUAUUGGUAUUUGUUCCAGGUUAUACAGAUUUUGUUACAAUUCGUAAUAUUUUCAAAAAAGAAACCAAGAGUUUUACAGUUGCCAGUGAAUAUUUGGCAGAAGCUCAAGACAGAAGAAACAGAAGACAAUUCAACAAGGGAGAAAAGACAUUUUUAUUGUUUAGUGAGCGUUAUCACUACUUCCAUCGUAAUCUUAUCCGUGGUAUCAAGCAUGUCAUCUUUUUCGGUUUACCAAACAACAGUCAAUUCUACUCUGAAUUAUUGAAUAUGGUUACUCUUGAAAAGGGUACUGUCAUGAGUCUCUUCACUACCAAGGAUAAAAUGGCUUUGGAAAGAAUCGUUGGAAGUGUCAGAUGUAAUAGAAUGAUGGAAGGUGACAAAGAAACUUAUCUAUUCUGUUAA